AUGUCCGAAAAGCUUAAACCCGCGACCGAUCUCGACUCCAACGUCUGGUACCAACUUUCCGAACUUGCGGUUGACGACGACGAUGUGGACCUCAAGUCCAUGCUCCAACCUACAUCUCCCGGCGGUGACUUGAGAGUAUGGGACGCGAACCAGCAGUCCUACUGGCAGUUUCAAAAAAUAAGCAACACGCCUGGCCGGUACCAAAUACGAUGCUCCGACACGACCCUCAAGAAACAGUUAUCGAUAUGCAACCGAACAGCAAAAGAGGUUAUAGACGAGAAGAAGAGAACGAGACCGUGCUUGAUGCCCAUCGACGACACGGACGCGCAGAAAUGGGACGUGGCGAUAUGGGGUUCAGGCGAGUACCGCCUCACAAAUGUUGAUGUUGGCGAAGGCUGGAAUCUCGACUGCAUCCCUGGCGGUCCUGUCUUCAUGAGCUCCAACUUGGAGGGGGAACAGCUUCGACAACAUUGGGUGAUGAGCAGCGUUGGAAAGGUCGAUGACGAGAUGUACUCCACGCUCUACACUGCGCCUCCUUCAUCGACGGAUGCUACCACAGCUACGACCGGGACCGGCUCCGACUCGACAGUACCCUCUACUACCAGCACCGACACCUCAGACUCCUCCAACAGCGAGUCGACCAGCGAAUCGACCAGCGAAGCCAGCGGCAGCACAGGCCUGUCAUCUGGUGCCAUAGCUGGCAUCUCUGUAGGCGCCACUCUUGGCGUUGUCGCCCUCGCUCUGGCAGCGUUCUUCCUAUGGCGCCGCAACAAGCGCAAGUACCAUGCUGCUGGUACCAGCGACUCAGUCGACAAGCACGACAACUCUCCCAUUGUGGUUACUCCCAACACUACUUACAGCGGCACCUACGCGGGUGAUAAAACGCAGACGCAUCCACCGUCGGAGAUGGCGCAUGAGCAGAUGCCUCAGGAGUUGUCGACGGGCCAGCAUCAGAGACACGAACUGGCGUAG